UUAUCUGCGGGGAAUGUUGCUGUAAUUCACACAUCAUUUAAAACAUGUCGUCUUCAAGUACUACAACAGCGACAAAUGAUGAUAUUCGGACAAGAAAAAGAAGUGAUAGUUUUGAAUUUAACCGUCCAAAUAUGUCUUUGAGAAGGAUGGUGCUGGUGGGAAGGACUGGAGCAGGUAAAAGCUCCUCUGGAAACACAAUCCUGGGCAUGAGAGUCUUCAGAGAAGCAGAAAGUGCUUCAUCUGUAACUAAAGAAUGCUGUAAGGAGACCGGAGAAGUUGCAGACCAUCAGUUGGAGCUGGUUGAUUGUCCAGGGAUCUUUGAUACUUCACUCUCAGAGAAUGAAACCAUAAAGGAGAUGAGUAAAUGUAUAAACAUGAUGGCACCUGGACCUCACGCCAUCAUCCUGGUUAUUCAGCUCGGUCCAUUCACUGAAGAAGAGAGACUUUCAGUGGAGAAGAUCAGGGCUAUAUUUGGAGAAGAAGCAGAUAAACACACACUCAUCCUCUUCACACACGGUGAUAAACUGACAGAAAGCAUUGAGAAAACACUAUAUGAAGCAGGACCUGAAUUAAAACGUCUCGUAGAGUCAUGUGGAGGACGGUAUCAUGUUUUCAACAACACAGAAAUUGAUGAUCGCAAACAGGUCUUAGAGUUCCUGGAUAAGGUUGAUGACAUGUUGCACAUGAAUGAUGGUAACUAUUACACCAGUGACAUGUUUGAUCAUGUGGAAGAAAUGCUGAAGAAGAAAGAGGAGGAGCUUAGAAAGGAAUACAGUCAGAAGAUACAGGCACUAACAGAUACAUUUAAAAAAGGAAAGACCAAACUGAAAGAGACCAUUAGACAACUGAAAGAAUCCGGCCAGGAAAAAGACCAGAGAAUUAAAGAGCUGGAAGAGAAAUUGAAACAGAAUGACAGACAUUUAAAAGAGUCUAAGCGUUUUUAUGAGCUAAAACGCAAGAAUGUGAGACGAGAGGUGGAAGAGACACAAGUGGAUGAAAACAUCCCAGAGAUCAGCAGUAAACUACGAAAGCUCCGUGUCUGAU